AUGGGGAAAUUCAGAAGCAUCUUUCUUGUCUUCCUUGGCUAUCUUCUAGUCCAUGUAAGAGGUCAACGUGACUUCGAUUUAGCUGAUGCUCUCGAUCACCCAGAUGAUAUAAUUACCAGGAAGCCCACAGUGAUCAGAAGACCAACAAGACCUCUGAUGAACAAUGAUCUGCAUUUAGGAGACGCGCUUGGUGGGGGUGACAUCCCAAGACAACCAUUAUACCCACCUCUUCCACCACGACCAGGAAGCCACAGUAAUACUGGAGGAUUUAACGAUUUCGAUCUCAUUGAUGGGAAGCCUUUACCACCACACAUUGCAGGAGAAGAAGGGCAUAAUUUCAAUCAUGGUGGAAGCACGGAUUCAGGAUUAAUAGCUGGAGUUACAUCUCCUAUAAUUUCUGCUUUUGUGAUAUUAGUUGUUGGAUCUAUUGCGGCCUACACAGCUUACAAGAACAACAAGCUUUGUUUCAAACCACGUGGUGGGGCCACGGUGUAAACUGCUGAAAUGAAAACCGUCCUCUGAUGACACACUCCUUUGGUUGGCGAUGUUCUGCCCACAGAUCUGACAUUUUUUCCAGCUUCAUAA